UGAUCCUGUCUGAAUACUUGCUGGGAAGUAUUUCAAAGUUCAGUUCCCAUCACACCACCAUACAGCAAUGAAUUCAGCUGGAGGCCUCAUAGGAUUUUGGAUAAUUGCACUGCUGACUCUUCAUGCUGCAAAUUUGGGAGAGACCAACUACAACUUCCUCAAUGAGCCUAACGUCCCUUUUCCACCUGCCCGUCCCACAGUUCGAAACCUCGCUGCUAUUUGCCAUUGUGGUCAGGGUCGUCCCAGAUACCUAGCCAGUUUCUUCCCCAGCUCUGGUGCAAGCCACUUCCGCCGCCGUGGAAGUGCCAUCAACCGUCUGGAGUCGUGGUACAGUUUGUGCUGUAGUGGACAGGUGGCACACUCGAGCAGUCAGAUCCUCUGCUGCGCCCGACAAGCUUGGCAUCAAGCGCUGUCCCAGUUCUGUGUGGAUGAAUUUUCCGUCAUGACUGUUCCGUAUCUGUGUUGUGAGGCCAAAGGAGAUGCGCGAUGGAUGUGCUUCAACAGCGAGCUGCCGAACCCAAACUACUACCCAGUACCAGACUACACUGCUCCAAAAGUUCCCCUGGAGCCAGGAUUUACCUUCAACCCAUAUGCUUGCUAAAGGUUAAAGAAGAAAAACAACUGGACUGAAGGAGUUAAUAUGUCCAGAACCAAUGUGGGUCUUUGUCUCGGGUGCUCAGAAGAGGACAGGACAUACUGGUUUUGAUUAUGCUGCAUAAGGACAUUAAAAGCAGCUCUUUAUCUUAACACAGCUUUGUCAUGACACCAGGAAACAUAUUCGUAACUGAGUCUGCAUAUGUUCAUUUUCAUGACUUCUGACAAUUGUUAGAAAAUUUGUGUUGAAAUAAAGACUUACAAGUUAUCUUAUGCUUUCUGUCACUGAACAAGGCACUUGACAUAACUUUGAAGCAACAUCAGUCUGGCAGCUUCAAAAAAGAAAAAAAAUAUUGAUAUGUUAUCAGAUUAAUCUAUCUCUUCACCCCUGUAAUAAAAAAUGUACACAUGUAAUAAAAUAAGUGCUCACUGUAUGUCAUAUUAAUUAGGUGUGUAACAUCAAAUUAAUGAUCAGUAACAAAGGUCUGAGUGUGCUGCCCAAACUGAAUAGCCACGUGUCAUAAG